AUGUCCCAGUCCUGCAUUCCCAUUGAGACCCUGUCUCUGGAUCACCCGAGCGAGUGUCCGGUGCAGAAAGAUCACAGUGGAGAUGAGUGGGACACUGAUCUGGAGCCUGAUGGUAAGCUAUCCAGUGGCUUGCAGGAUAUAUCAGCCAAUGAUCUGUACCUGCAGGCCUGUGAGGAGGUAGGCGUGGUUCCUGUCGCUUACUUCCUGCGUAACCUUGGCAACCCCACCCUCAACCUGAACCACCAUGGACUGGGGCCCCUGGGAGCCAAAGCUCUUGCUAUAGCACUUGUGAGUGACAUGAAGAUCACAAACCUGGAACUGGAAGAUAACCAUAUACUGGCAGAGGGUGCCAAAUACCUGAUGGACAUGUUAAAGGGAAAUUGCUCCAUUCAAGACCUGAACAUGUCUAAUAAUCACCUGCGGUCUGCUGGUGCUGAACAUGUCUCCAAAAUGUUACUGGACAACGUCUCCCUGAGAUCAAUUAAGCUAUCAGGAAAUGAAUUCACGGAACAUGAUGUCAAGAGCUUUGCAGAUGUCUUUUCUUCCAAUUACAGAGUGAAGGAGCUGGACCUGAGCCACAAUGAGUUCUGUGAGAAGGGUGGGGAACACCUUGGCCAGAUGUUAGCCAACAAUGAAGGGCUGCAUGUCUUAAACCUGAGCUGGAACCACCUGCGGAUGAAAGGGGCGGUUGCUCUGAGCGCCGGACUCAAAGUCAACCUGACUAUCAAGUCUCUCGACCUCUCCUGGAAUGGCUUUGGGAAUGAAGGCGUGCUAGCGUUGGGAGAGGCUCUUAAAUUUAACAGCACCUUAUUGUACCUGGACCUCUCAAGCAACCGCAUCACUAACGAGGGGGCGGGCAGUCUGUGCAAAGGACUGGAGGCCAACGACACGCUGAAAGUUCUGAAGCUGUCUAACAAUCCCCUGACUGUGGAAGGGGCCCUGGCCCUGCUCAACUCAGUGAAAAACACUCCAAAAUCAGCCCUGGAGAAGCUCAACAUCUCAAACGUCCUGGUGAAUGAAGUGUUUCUGCAGCUGCUGGAAAAGACGUGUCAGGAACAUCAAGGGCUGGAGGUCAUCUUUGGAGGGGUUGGGGGCUUCACUGCCAGGAAACCACAGCAGCGCCCAGACCCCAUGAAAAUGAUUCAGGAUUAUUUGGACGAACGCAAGCUACGCCUCUGGGAUUUCUUCCGGAACAUUGAUAAAGACGGAUUCAUGAAAGUGGCUGUCACUGACUUCAGAAGAGCUGUGCAGCAAACCAAUAUCCCUCUCGAUCGGGUUCAAAUUGAGGAGCUGAUACACAGACUAGACAAGGACAGGACUGGGACGGUGGACUACAGGGGCCUUGCUGACACCCGUAAGCAGAUGAUGCGCGAUCAACGCCGUCAGCUGAGGAAGCAAGAAUCUCGUCAGAAGAAGGAGAAGCAGAAGAGCGACCGUGUUCUCCAAACCUUCCAGAGCGCUGUGGAGGCGGCCACCCCGCGCAGCUCCAUGGUGAUAUCUCCAGGGUUACCGGGGGACUCCAGCAGCUCUCAGCACUUCUCAGCCACGCCCCUCAGCUCGUGGCACCACGUGGUGAUGUCAAACAGCAGCCGCUACUCCGUGCCGAACAUGAGCACCGAACACGUUCACCUCCCACCAAUUGGCAUCCAGCCUCGCACUGGUAGUUCACUGAAGGUCCGGUCCUCUUCGCAGCCCAACCUGCACCCUGAGGUUCGGGCUACUCCCCGGACCAAGCCCAUCUCUGCCCUGGAAUUCCAGAUAAAUUCACAACCUGAGAUCACGUCUUCUCAUCCGGUUAGCCCUGCGUCAAACAGCUUGACCAGGUCCAGGCCAGCCCUGACAACUCGAAAGCAUCAAACAUCCACCAAAGCUUUGAAUCAUAAAAGCAAGACUGCAAAGGGAAAAAGCUAA